UGCGGUUUGAGAGGAGCCCACUUCCAUGUGAACGCGUGCGUGCUCGCCACCCUUCUGUUGUUCUCUCUCCGGAGCGUGCACGCAUGCGUUUAUCCCCACCUCUCGAUGCAUUUCCAGCGUCUGCCGGACUCGUACAGACGCCGCGUCGGAUUGCGAAUACAGAUGGAGAUCUCACUGAUGUCUGAUGGCCACCGGCGCGCCCGAGCCGCGCGAAAUCGCACAAGUCAACUAUGAUCCACUGGCAUGUGUCGCGAGUGCCGAGCCGCGCGCUGAUGGGGAGCACAGAGGAACCGGCUGAGAAAGAGAUUUGUUUGGACAUCACGGGAAAAGCUGCCCGUGGAAAUGAGUCCUGAAGAGAAACCAAAGAGGCACUUUAGCGCUGCGAGUCUAUGGAGAGAGAAGUGCAGAUUUUCCAGUCUUCUCUACGAAGAAAGGAAACUUAAAUUACUUCUGACCAUCAAGGUGAUUUCAUUCUUCAUUUGAAGCACUUUUACAACGUCUAUUGAUAUGAACUGGUUUCAGACAGCCGAACCCGAAUUGAGAUCCCAGUGUGAUCCCAGCGUUAUUCUAUGGGAAUGUACUGGACAUACAGGCGUUUAUGCAUGUUGAAUGAUAAGUUAAUCCAUACGCGCAAUCUUUAUGAUUUUCAUACCGUUACGCACGUUUAUUCGCAAUUGAAGCGACUGCAAGAUACGGAGCGGGAACUCAGGAAAGGUCGGUGCUCCAGUCAAGAAAAUAUUAACGCGACAGGCCGUUUAAGAAAGAAGAGUGGUUGAUUUUUUUUCCACGUAUGUUUUUAAAAACAGUAACGCUGUUGUGCCCUCCGUUUGACAGGACGCGGAGUCUCCCGUGAACUCUUAUUCUGUAUCUGAAGAACAAAAGAGGGCGGAAGGUUUAUUUUUAAGAAACAGUGCUGAGUUAUUUUUCUUAAGUAGCCUAGAUAAUGUAGAAACGCACCACGUUUUUCAGUUUGGACUUUUUUUGUUUUUGACAUACGCAUUCCCUGCUGGACUUUUUUGAAUGUUUAUUUGAUCAAGAGUUUUUGGACUUUAUUUUGCAUACAUUUUGUUGGAUAUGAGGAAUGCCAUAACUUACGUCAAGCAUAAAUGCUGACAGUCCUCUAAAUGCGCUCAUAAAUACCAUUUUCUUCUUGAAAACCAAUGUAAUGGCUCAUUUAUGGGGGAAAUUGUGCGCUUGGCAUCAGAAUGGAGUUGAGAAGUUCCCCAAGGAGUCAAAGCAAACAGUCCUUGACUUGAGUCUUCAUUUUUGCGGCGUUAUUAUGUAACUUUGAUUCAUCAGUGAGAAAGCUCUUUUUAUUCACUUGAAGUAAGUCGAAAGAUUCCAUGAGCCUUGGAUAAACCUCUUUGACCCAUGUGCGUCAAGAAAGACAGAAGAGAAGAGGAAUGCGCUAUUGACGUCAUGAGGUGAAAUAACCAAAACUCAAACUCCUGGAACUGUCUAAACGCAUGAGUAAAUUUUUCGUCAUCUAGUCGUCAGAACUGUUUGGCGCCAUCUCCGUUUGUUUCCUCCUCUUGAUUAUUUUUCCACCCAAGCACCUUAUUUUCAUCAUUUUUAUUUUAAUUUUUUUGCCUCCGAUCUGAACGGUAUCAUGGCUUCUCCUCAACAUCAACAUCUGCUGUUUCACAACAGCGAAGUAAGCUGUGACUCUAGCGGCGAUGGUGCUGUUUCUGUGCGGAUCAAGCCUCACAAGCAGCAGCGUGGGAGUCUGGGAGCCAGUGCCAUGUGCAGCAUCAUCGGGGGCUCCAAACAUUGCAAGUACAGCAUCUCCUCCAGCUGUAGCUCAGGCGAAUCCGCCAUCCGCAAACCAGUGGUCAAAGGCCUCCGGACUCAAAGGAAGAUGCCGCAGCUGUUCGAGAGGUCGGCCGGACAUUUCUGGAACCCCAAGUUUGACUCCAACAUUCUGGAGGAAGCCUGUCGCGAGCGCUGCUUCCCUCAAACGCAACGGCGUUUCCGCUGUGUCUUGUUCUACUUGGCGGCCGCCAGCCUCCUCUGGGGGCUGUUCUUCAUCGCUAAUGCUAAACGAUGUGAACGGACUGCCUUCUUGUUGCCCACGGCCGCCUUCCUGCUCCUCUGUUCUGUCCUGUUCGUCUUCACGUUCACCCGCUUCUACGUCCACUGCUACAAUCAAGCCUCGCUGUUGCUCAUCGUGGUGACGUUUUCCCUCACUCUUGCACCUCAGAUCCAGACUUCAGGCUUUAGUGACUUUAAUGCUCCUCCUUUGAUGGACGAAGAGGACGCAGGCGACUUCAGCGGCGCCGAAGAUAAAAACCUGACAUUUGAAGCCACCCGAAGUGGAGGUCCAGUUGCUCCUUGUUUGUCCCCAGUUGGCACCUUCUCUCUAGGCAUGGAAGUGCUUUCGUUGCUCUACAGUUUCCUCCAUGUCCGCUUGUAUGCUUCGCUCCUGCUCGGCUUGCUCUACUCUGUGCUUUUCGAGACUCUAGGCUGGAUGCACUUGAUUCAAGGCAGUGGCUGGAGGAACUCCACUGAGGAGCAACUGGAAACGCUCUACUGGCUGAUCCCGGGAAGGGCUAUUUUGCAUCUCUGCGCCCAUGUCAUUGGCAUCCACCUUUUCAUUAUGUCCGAAGUGCGUUCGCGCAGCACGUUCCUCAAGGUCGGCCAAGCCAUCAUGCAUGGGAAAGACUUGGAGGUGGAAAAGGCCCUGAAGGAGCGGAUGAUCCACUCGGUGAUGCCUCGUAGGGUGGCCGAUGAGCUCAUGAAGCAGAGCGACGACGACAAUGAUAACUCAGUUAAGCGCUAUUCGACAGGAGCGGCCAUUGCGGGUGCCUCCAGCCCAAAGAGCACCAAACGCAAGAAGACGUCGAUACCUCGAGGCCAGAUCAUCUUUCGGCCGUUCAACAUGAAACGCAUGGAGCCAGUCAGCAUCCUGUUCGCGGACAUUGUGGGAUUCACCAAAAUGAGCGCCAAUAAGUCGGCGCAUGCCCUAGUCGGCCUUCUCAACGACUUAUUCGGACGCUUCGAUCGCAUGUGUGAGCUCACGUGUUGCGAGAAGAUCAGCACACUGGGAGAUUGUUACUAUUGCGUAGCUGGUUGCCCCGAACCAAGAGAGGACCACGCCUACUGCUGCGUAGAGAUGGGUCUUGGGAUGAUCCAGGCCAUUGAGCAGUUCUGUCAAGAAAAGAAAGAGAUGGUGAACAUGCGUGUCGGCGUCCACACAGGCACCGUGCUUUGCGGGAUCCUUGGCAUGAAGCGCUUUAAGUUCGACGUCUGGUCCAACGAUGUCAACUUAGCCAAUCUCAUGGAGCAGUUAGGAGUCGCCGGGAAGGUGCACCUUUCGGAGGCCUCAGACAAGUUUUUGGAUGACCGGUACUUGCGAGAAGACGGGAGAGUCACCGAAAGGAUCGGACCAAGUGUGGUUGCAGAUCAGCUUAAAGGUCUUAAGACGUAUCUGAUAUCCGGGAGGAAGGUGAAGCACGCCCCGUGGAGCUGUCCUCCAUCUGCUCUGGUGGCUCCUGAGCUCAGAAAGUCUCUGAGCGCCUCGUCCUUCAGCCACGGCCCUGACAUCACAUCCUCGGCCUGCGCUCUGACCCCUGCCCCGGACAGAGCUAAGGCUGCCUGUCCCUCGUGUGGGGCGCUAGCUUCUGAAGACGGGGCCGUUCACAGCCACAGCUGCUCAGACCGUGAUCACAAAAGCGCUAACAGCAAGGGACCGCCUGGCAGGAGUCCCAAGACCCUUAAUGGCCUGUUAAGCCCUCAUCUGGAGCAGCCGCUGACACACAGCCAGACCUCUCUGUGUGAGAUGCUGCAGGAGAAGGAGAAGAAGUGGCCCGGAGGAGGAGGAGGAGGCGGCAUGGGAAGCAUGGACCACUCCGCCCUCAUCCCUCUGCGCUCCAAAAACUUCCGCGAGAGGAGCGACGCUCACUUCGUGGACGUGAUAAAGGAGGACAGUCUGAUGAAAGAUUACUUCUUCAGACCUCCGAUCAACAAGCUGAGCCACACUUUCAUAGACAAAUCCCUGGAGUCGGCGUACAGGACCAGCUACCAGGAUGAGGUUAAGACCCAAGCUCCAGUCCAGACGUUUGCCAGCCCAACGUUCAGCUCUUUCCUGGACAUGCUCCUGUGCUGUUGUGUUCUUCUGGCUCUCUCUGUGGCCUGUUUCUUGCGACCCCUGGUUACCCAGCAGCCUUUGCCCACGCCUGCCCUCAUAGUGGCCGCAGUUGCUGCUGUGCUUGAAUGUCUGGCGCUGGUGCUGGCCAUACGGCGGGCCUUUUACCUGGACAGUGUCCUGAACUGCACCAGGACCCUCCUCUGGGCCAUUUCUGGCUGGGUUCCCCGUCACAUGAUCGGAGCGGUGCUGGUGUCUUUACCCGCCGUGGCUGUGUUUUCCCAUAUCACCUGCAACAUGCAUGACUCCAUACAGUUCACCACGUUCACCUGCUGCGCUGUCAUAAUCGCCAUCAUCCAGUACAGCAAUUUCUGCCAGCUCAGUUUCUGGAUGCGUUCGAGCCUGGCGACGCUCGCGGGACUCACCUUUCUCAGCGUGCUCUGGAGCCCCCCUUGCAGCACUUGGGAACGUUUAUUUUUGAGAUCCAGUGAUUUCAGUAACAUCAGCGUUAAUGACGUCCAGUCCCCUGUAGAAGAUUCGACUCGACCGCAGGACCUGCUCGGCCCAGAGGCUUUGGUCGCCGUCUUUCUGUUGCUCCUCCUUGUCUGGUUCCUCAACCGUGAGUUCGAGGUGAGCUACCGUCUGCACUACCAUGGCAACGUGGAAGCAGACCAGCACCGCAUCAAGAUCCAAAACAUGCGGGACCAGGCCGACUGGCUCCUGCGCAACAUCAUCCCCAUCCACGUGGCCGAGCAGCUGAAGGUGACCCAGAGCUACUCGAAGAACCACGACAACGUGGGCGUCAUCUUCGCCAGCAUCGUCAACUUCAGCGAGUUCUACGAGGAGAGCUACGAAGGCGGCAAGGAGUGCUACCGCGUCCUGAACGAGCUCAUCGGGGACUUCGACGAGCUCUUGCGCAAAUCCGACUUCUCCAAUAUCGAGAAGAUCAAGACGAUCGGCGCCACCUACAUGGCGGCGUCGGGGCUCAAUACACAACAGUGCAGCGAUCAAGCCCAUCCUCACGCCCACCUGCGAGCGCUCUUCGAGUUCUCCUUGGAGAUGAUGCGCGUGGUGGACGACUUUAAUAAAAACAUGCUUGGGUUUAAGUUCAAGCUGCGAAUCGGGUUCAACCACGGGCCUCUUACCGCCGGCGUCAUCGGUACCACCAAGCUACUCUACGACAUCUGGGGCGACACGGUGAAUAUCGCAAGCCGGAUGGACACGACGGGUGUUGAGUGUCGCGUUCAGGUUAGCGAGGAGAGCUACUGCGUGCUCAGUGGAAUGGACUAUGAGUUCGACUACCGAGGUACCGUCAACGUGAAGGGGAAAGGUCAAAUGAAGACCUACCUUUACCCGAAGAGCCCAGACAGCGGACCUGUGCCUCAAUACCAGCUUUCGGUCUCUCCAGAAAUCCGAGCGCAGGUAGAUGGCAGCAUCGGACGCUCGCCCACCGAUGAAAUCGCUAAUAUGGUCCCGGCGGCCAGCGCUAGCAGAGUAGGCGCGUCGUUUUCGGUGAGCUCGGGACUUACCGGACAGGGAUUCGCUGGUAGAGACUUUCCCGAGAAGGCUGGAAGCAACUGCACAUCGAAGACUCAGCGAUCCGCGUCUGCCGUUGGCCUGACUUGCAUACCGGAAACCAGCUUGAGCACAAGUCCCGCGGUUUUCGCUAGACCGCCAGACGCGACUUUGACCUCUCCUCCCGUGCGGGCGGAAAUCGCGGAGGUCGUCGCGAAAAUGGAGGGAGAAAUUGCGUACAUGGGCGAAAUGACAAAACUUUGACUUGAGACUAGCCGACUGUGCUGUCGCCGUUGGUUUUAACCCUUUAAACACAGGCUCUCCGAUGAGUUUGUCAGGAUAGGUGCGUUUAGGAAUGUAUGCUAGCGUAGAUUUUCGUCCGUGUAUGUGAAAAAUGUAAGCACACAACCUCGAAGUGUUUAUAGCGCUAGCCAAAUCUGGAGAUACAUUCGGAUGGUGGUGGUGGACCUUAAGAACUCAAGAGGAGCUAUUUCUACAUGGGAUACAAAAUGCAGAAGAGACGCAUUUGGACAGCACAGACCUGAAGUCCCAAUUUUAAACAGACCGCAGUCAUUUCCGCUAAUUUAAUUUCAACUAUUAUUUCCCUAUGGCUUCUACUAUUCGUGAAUGGUUUUCUUUUAAUGAAGUGCCUUUAGGAUGAUAACAAUAUGUAUGAGGCAUUUUUCAAAAGGUUUCUCAAUCAAAUCCUUCACCGAAGAUCUAAAAAAUUUAGCAUGUAAAUUUGAUGUUAGAAAGCGCUUUCGUUUUGUAUUUAAUAUAUAUUUUGGGAUAUUUGGAGACGUUUUGAGUUCUCUCAUUCAUUAGUCGGUAUUCAAAACAAUCUUAUGAAGCGAAACUCGUGCGAUUAAUUUGCUUUUUUUAAAAAACCUGAGAUAAAACUAUCGCGUUGAAUGGUGCAUGGCCAAAAGUGUCUGUGAAGAAGUAUUAGCGAAAAUGUAGAGCAAGCUAUGGGCUAAAAUCACCUACAGUCAACAAUAUCAAACGUUUCUAAAGCGCUUUAUCUUGAUGCAUGUAUAGUGUCUGAUUAUGGCCUUUCUGUAUCUUUUUUCCUGAUUUUUCCUUUUGCUUCAUUCUGCAGCUGAAUGCUUGGUUGGCCGACCAACAUCUGAAUUUCAGAUUAACGAUGUGCAAGUUUGCCUUAACGCUAAUGAAAUCAUAGUCUUAAAGGACAAAAAUGCAUUCAUGCAUUAGCUACUGUGAUGUUCAGACUUUGCACAAAAUAUUACAUAAAAUAUAUAGAUGGUUUUAAGAUAGUUUAUAACAACAA